AUGCCUUCCAAACGAACAUCAGCGCCCAGCUCAACCCCCCUCUCCUCCGGCCCGCCCGUCCUCACCUCCAGCUCCUCCAUAUACCAGAUCGCCAACCAUGUAUGGCAGCAAUACCUCACCACGACACCACAGCGCACUCUGCUUCUUGACGCCUUCAUGGCGUUCCUUCUCCUCGUCGGCGCCGUGCAAUUCGUCUACUGUGUUGUGGCUGGGAACUACCCCUUCAACGCAUUCCUGAGCGGCUUCUGCGCCGCGGUCGGUCAGUUUGUGCUUACGGCCAGCUUGCGCAUGCAGACGAGUAGCGACGAGAAGACGGCUCGCAAGCCCAGCUCCAAGGGGAAGAAUGCGCGGUUUGCGGCGCUGGAGGGUGAGGAGCCGGGGGUUUCUCAUGAGAGGGCGUUUGCGGAUUAUAUCUUUGGGAGUCUGAUCCUGCACUUCUUCUGUAUCAAUUUCAUUAACUAG